AUGGAGUCCCUCUCCCCAGAAUCCAAGACCCUGUACGAGCUCAUCAAGAUCGACAUGGCGGAGGAUGCGGAGCAGCGCUUCGCCCACUACAAGAAGGAGAUCUUGGGGAAUUUCCAACCCUUCGUCAUCGACACGCAGAAGCACCUCAAGGGCGUAUAUCAAGGUAUGGCGGCUCUAUCCUCUGAUCUGGAGAGCGUCAGGACUCAAAUCGGGCAGGAGCUCGACGUGGUCCGUGGUUCCCUCAGCCACGAGAUCGGGCAACUCACUGCGCUGGUCGCGGGUUUACAGCGCCCCGUUCCAGCAGCUACGGCGGGAGAUCCGUCGGCUUCACACACCAAGGAGCUGGAGGGGAACCCCGCGGGCCCGGAUGGCUGCCGUUGGACACACGCAGGCCGGGGGACGGCGUGUGACUCACACAUGCCUCCUCCGGGAGGAGGUAUGAAUCUCGCCCUUAACCACCACGACAAUCCAAAUUAUGCUGGAACAUUUCAUGGCUCUAAUACCUUCCACGGCCCCCGUGUCGAUUUGCCGCAAUUUGAUGGUACCAACCCCAAAUUGUGGCAACGUCGUUGCGAGGAUUACUUCCAGCGCUGGAGCACGCCUACGCAUCAAUGGAUCUCGACAGCAUCUGACCAGUUCGUGGGGACAGCGGCGACGUGGUUGGAAUCCUUCUUGCACCAGCAUAGGCAACCAACCUGGUCUGAAUUUGUUGCAGCGACUUCAUCAGUUGAGGAUUAUGUCACUCGAUUUGCUGAGUUGAUGGAUCAGAUCACAGCUUAUGAAAUCAACCCUGAUCAGACACACUACACCACCAAAUUUAUUGAUGGUUUGCAACCUGGUGUUCGCAUUCUAGUGGCAAUACAGCAGCCUCGUGAUCUCGACACUGCUUACUCAUUGGCCUUGUUGUAUGAGGAAUUGGGGGAAGAAUGUGGGCCUGUUAUUUCUGAGCAACCAAAACUGUCGCCAACCAGACGAUUCUAUCAGCCAACAGUUUCUUUGCCGGCCAAACCUCCUCCACAGCCUCCUGCCAGAUGGGUUUCACCAAAGGUGGAGGAGAAACGUCAAGCUGAGACACAAAAGGGUUCUGCGGAAGAAAAGUGGCAGAGUUUGAGGGCAUACAGAAGAGCUAAGAACUUAUGCUUCACCUGUGGUGAUAAGUACCACCGGGAGCACAGAUGCAAGAAUACUGUUCCAUUACACAUAGUGCAAGAAAUGGUCGAGUAUAUGCAACCAUUUGUGCCUGAUGAAGGUGAAGAGGAAGAACAACAAGGGGAGCAACCAAUACAGCAUCGCGACCCUCAUUUGAUGUUGCUAUCAGCUGCUGCUAUCAACACAUCCAUCACAGUUCCUAAGACUAUGAUACUGAAGGUUCAGAUUCAGGGAGUGGACAUGUUAUUCUUGGUCGAUUCUGGGAGUUCCUCAUGCUUCAUCGACAGACACAAAGCACAGCUGCUCAAAGGUGGUGCAACACUACUCGAUGCAGUUAAUGUUAAGGUAGCUGGGGGAGCAAUUCUCUCCUGUGCUGAAUAUUUUCCCCAAUUGGCGUGGACAGUGGAAGGCACUGAAUUUCGUGACAAUUUCAAGGUGCUGGACUUGGACAGCUAUGACGGCAUCAUAGGUCUGGAUUGGCUGGGCAAAUACAGUCCUAUGAUUACACAUUGGGACAAAGGGUGGAUCGCAGUACCUAAAGAUGGCCAACUGGUGAUACUCCAGGGCGAAGGAUCCCAGUUCUGUAUCAAUGCUCUUGUGGAGAUAAAUUUGAUUACUGACGCUGCAGAACGAGCUCCAAUUCCAAUUCCUCCGCAAGUGCAAGCUAUCUUGGACAAGUUUGCUUCAGUUUUUGCCACACCCACUGGAUUACCGCCAAGACGCCGAUAUGAUCAUCAUAUUCCGCUAAUACCUGGGGCACGCCCUGUUUCCAUGCGUCCUUAUCGUGUGGCGCCAGAGUUAAAAACAGAAAUUGAGAAACAAGUGCAGGAAUUGCUCGAACAAGGUGUGAUUCAGUUGAGCAACAGUCCGUUUGGUUCACCUGUUAUACUGGUCAAAAAAGGGGACAAGACCUGGCGCUUGGUCGUUGAUUACAGACACUUGAAUGCUUUGACAGUAAAAGGAAAAUACCCUCUUCCCAUUAUUGAUGAGCUACUGGACGAGUUGGCUGGUUCCAAAUGGUUCUCCAAACUGGAUUUAAAAGCUGGUUAUCAUCAGAUUCGUUUAGCUCCAGGAGAAGAGGCAAAGACAGCUUUCCAAACCCAUAAUGGUCACUAUGAAUUCCGUGUAAUGGCCUUCGGACUGACAGGAGCUCCUGCUACCUUUCAGCACGCUAUGAACGCUACCCUGGCCCCCAUCUUAAGAAAAUUUGCCUUGGUUUUCUUCGACGACAUAUUGAUUUACAGUCAAACCUAUGACGAUCAUUUGCAGCACUUAUCCACUGUCCUCAACAUUCUGCAGAAGGAUCAAUGGCAAGUCAAGUUAUCCAAGUGUGCCUUUGCUCAAGAGAAAAUUAAUUAUCUCGGUCAUGUGAUCUCAGCAGAGGGUGUUGCAACUGAUGCCACGAAGAUUCAGUCAGUGGAGAAUUGGCCAACGCCGACAAAUCUUAAGGAACUGAGGGGGUUUCUUGGCCUUACAGGUUACUAUAGGAAAUUCAUUAAGCACUAUGCCAUCAUCAGCCAGCCAUUAACUGCAUUACUCAAGAAGGGUACAAUAUUUGUUUGGACACUUGACACUGAUACAGCUUUCCAAACUCUGAAAAAAGGCAUUGAUAACGGCUCCAGUCUUAGCUCUACUGAUGGCGUGUAA